UACAACGUCUCCCUUUCAACCGUCUGCCAACCCUUCUCCUGCUAACACGUGUCCUCAGCAAACCACCAUUAUCACUCUAUUCCAUUCUUAGCAGCAUCCGCCUCUUUGGACCGACCGUAGACCUUCCGCCCUUUUGGUCCGAUCACUACUCUUCCACCUUAUUGGCCCGACUACCAAUAUUUCCGACUUGCGGGCCACCCGACUUGUUGAUCCAGUUGCAGACCUCCCGACCUAAAGAUCAUCCGACUUACUGGUCAAGUCGCAGACCUCCCGACUUAAGGACCAUCCGACUUAUUGGUUAAGUCGCAGACCUCCCAACCUAAAGACCAUCCGACUUACUGGUCUAGUCGCAGACCUCCCGACCUGAGGACCUUUCGUCCUGAGGACUUCCCGAUCUGAGGAUCUCCCAACCUGACCUCCCGACCUGAGGACCUCCCGAUCUGAAGACUUCCCGACCUGAGGACUUUCCGACCUGCGGACUUCCCGACUUGAGGAUCUCCCGACCUAAAGACUUCCCGACCUGAAGACUUUCCGACCUGAAGACUUCCCGACCUGAGGACUUUCCGACCUGAGGCCCUUCCGCCCUACAUUCUCCUUAGAAAUUAAUCUAUUUUCCUUGAGUUCCCCACGGCCCUUUAGCCAGUUCGAUCAACUCUAUUACCAGGCCCAUUUUUUCUUUUACCUUGGCCUUUUUAACCUAAUUCUAAAUUUCAUACGUAACAACUUGCCCACCGCCAAGGGACUUUCAAACGCCAUUUAUCAAUCGUCGUUUGGAAGUUCAUAAAUCACAACCCUCCUGAGAAGGUCCCUAAGCAACUGCACCAAUUACAACACUCCUGAUUAACUUCCCUUCCUUCAAUAUGAGUCUUUGUGAAUCAUAAUCUCUACAACCCUAGACAUGGCGAAUCGAUACAUCCCUGCACUCCCUGUCGAUGGAUCAGUCCUUGAAACCACUCUUGUGGCGACGAAAAUGCGCACCCCAACUGUUCGUCCAUACUGCACAACUGCUGAAGACUCCAAUCGUAUGAGGGAAGUCUUGGAGGCAAGGAAUCUGCUGGCGAUCAACAGCCCCAACUACAACGCGACUCGUCUUCAUGACAACAUCAAAACACACAUGAUGGAUCCCAAGGAUCCUUACCGUACCUGGUACCAGAGAAUAGUAGAACAUUACCAGGAGCAAUGGAAAACUCAACACAUCGAUGAAGCCAUACGUCUGUCAACGCUCCCGUGCCAUUUACAUGAGAAAGUCCUCCUAGCCAUGACAGCGUUUUGGCACUCUGAGGUUUGCACCUUCCUUCUUCUAACAGCCCCCAUCGGCCCCACCCUCAUGGACGUAGCCAUGAUCGCUCAUCUGCCCAUCGUUGGGGAAGACCCUGUAAUGGGUGCCCUAAAUGGACAAGGGCCCAACACAGACCACUUGGGUUGGUCUCUGACAGAUGUGAGAAAAUGGGGCUGGACUAAAUUUCUAAAUGACCAACAAGGAGCUGACGGGACCCCUGUAACCGAUCGAGAGCACACCGCUUUUCUGCUCUUUUGGCUCUGUAAGUAUGUUGUAGUCUCUCAUUUGAAAUGUGUCUUGCCUUCUCAUCUUGAUCUUGCUAUACACAUAGCCUCGGGUCGGUUCUUUUCGUUGGGCAUCCUUUUCCUUGCCAAUCUCUUUGAAGGAUUAUCUAGAGUUAGUGUUCGCCUUACUGAAAAAGACGGUAAAAAAUUAGACAUUGCUGCGUCGGGUUCUUUUUGGUUCUUGGAACUAUGGUUCCGUCUCUAUUUUCCCGACGCCUUCCAACUUGGCCAUUCUCCUGUUGCUCCCACACUUGAGAAAUCCCUAGGAGUAGCUCUUAACCGACUUUGCUUAGGCUGUAAUAACCUCCAGGCUUCUGAUCCAAUCAUAACAGCCGUUCUUACUGAUAAUCGAAAUGACAACAAUUUUUACAUACACAAAAAGUAUAUUGGUUAUGCUUCCGGUCUGUUUUGGCCAUUCUCUGUUCCUUCGCCUUUGUCCCAACCAAAUCCACUUCCACAUCCGACUUACCGUUUCUCCUGGGAUGUCGCCCUUAAACCCAGGUCUUUAUUCACCAGUAAGAAAAUCGAUAAAAAGGGCCCCAAAAUAUUUUAUACCUUCAACUACCAACCUCAAUUUAUGGCACGCCAAUUCGGCUGCCAACAAGGCCUACCUGGUCCCAUUGCUCAUCCCCAUCUAAUAAUUCAAAGUCCGGAUGUGAGAGUUAUUCUUGAUGCAAUUGCCCCAUAUAUAUCACAACUUACAAAUUACAUCACCUCUAAUUCUUACAUCCCUUACAAAUCUUCUCCAACCUCUGUUGAGUCUUUCUGGGAGUGGUGGUCGGUUACUUGGGCCUUGAUUGCCCCUGACAAGGAUGGGCAUACUUCUUCCCCCACCUGCAAUUACAUUAGGGACAACCCCUCUGACUAACACCCGAAGGAACCUGAUUACUCAGGGCGAUGAGUCGGGUACUCCACAGAGGAAGAGAAAAGCCCCUCAGACUCAAUCUAUUCCCCCUUCCGGGGACAGUCAACCGUCCCCAACAAAGCACCCAUCAGGUCGGCCCCCUAUGAAGUCCCGACCUCAUCCGGGUAUAACCUCAUGCCUUCAAUUUACCUUGAUCCUUUCUUAGCAUGAUAUUAAUCCUUAUUUUAUACUCAGGUGUGGCUUCGGCUCGGGCGACCGCCCAACCUGCUUCUCGACCAACUAAAGCGGCACAACCACCAACGGACCGACUGUCAGAACCUGAGCCUCCGACCAAGCGCCGGGCUUUGAAUAAAAUACCCUCAGCCGCUGAACAGGCAACAACAAGGGUCUCAUCUCCUAGUGAGGCAACUACUUCAGAAAUGGGCAGGUUACCUCAUGUUGCUUCUGCUGCCUCUAAUGCAAUCGUCCCAGACACAUCAAACCAACUUGCGACCGACUUGGAGGUUGCUGACCCAGGGGCAACCGACUUGGAGGCUGCCGACCCAGCAGCGACCAACUUGGAGGUUGCCGACCCAGGGGGUAGCAGACCUGGAGGUUGCCGAACCCAAUAGUGGCCGACUUGGAGGUUGCCGACCCAAGGGCGGCCGACUUGGAGGUUGCCGACCCAGGGGCAGCAGACCCUCUUCCAGAAGCAGAUAGGCGAGAAAAUGAACCUGCACCAGUACCGCCAAGAGGUCUCUUACAGGAAUUACCAGAAAUUCCCUCAUCUGACUCAGAGACCUCUGUCAACCUGAGACCUAGAUCCGUACCUCAGCAUCCACUCGAAGUAGCCGACGAAUCAGCUAUCGAAAUACCAGCUGCCCGACCCUCCAGACUUAGGGUUAUUUUGGCGCCUUCAACAACCACCAUCCGUCCAGAGGGAUGUUCUGACCUAGCCCGUUUUUCGGCGGUCCCUAUUCCGAUGGAUGUUCGAACUGUAAUUGCACAUGCUGUUGACCAAUCUUUCCCCGACCUGGGGUCAGACUUGCUUGACAGCCUUCUUCAAGCUGUUGGUGGUCUCUUGUUCCAAAUGUCUUCAAAGUCGGCUGCUGCCCCUAUUCUUCACCAAUUAAUGGAGCGACUGUCCAAUCUCAGAAAUGAAGUUCUGUUCGCCCAACUUUUGACGGCUGAGACCCCCUUGCCCGACCUGGAACAAAUAAGUUUGGAGGCCUCCUUGAUUGAAACCAAGGAAUCCAUUCAACAAGCAAUUGGCCGACUAGAAAGCCUGAAUAACGUCAAGGCACAAAUCGAGGGGUCAAUCCAGCAAAUAGAAGCAGAGCUGAAGACGCUCCGUCAAGAAAGGUCUGUUCUGGAAGGACAUAUCAACGAUGAGCAACGUCUGAUUUAUUGGUACCAAAGUAAUGCAGCCGACCUGGACCAGGAGCUAAAGAUUCACGCCCGAUCCCAAUUCAUAAAGUAGUACCAGUCGGCUGCUAAUAAUAGACGGCGCUCUAGAACAGAAGACAAAUGGUCUCAAAUAAAACUUGUAUUAAGAUCCCUUUUGUAAUUCUUUGACUUGGCAAACAAAAUUUUCUCCUUUUAUUAAGGAUCACCUUCCAAGACUCCCACUCUUCAGGAACCGAACAAAUCAUCUCCUUAUAAAUAUUUGCUGCUCUUGCAAAUCAUCAAACAACUCAACUUUGAACACGUCUGUUCACAAGCAUUAAAAUGCCAUCUCAUU